UGGCGUCUGCGACACCUACUCCCGAGUGGACUGCUCAUAGGGUUUCGAGAGACGUUCCUGGAGUUUUUCAAGGAAAAUGGCCAUACUUUUGUACCGUCGUCCCCGGUCGUUCCUCUGGCUGACCCGACGCUACUCUUCACCAAUGCUGGAAUGAACCAAUACAAGUCGAUAUUCUUAGGCACGGUAGAUCCGCAGUCGGACUUCGCGAAGCUAAAGCGAGCCGCGAACUCACAGAAGUGUAUCCGUGCUGGCGGAAAGCACAAUGACCUAGAUGAUGUGGGCAAAGACAGCUACCACCAUACUUUUUUUGAAAUGCUCGGAAACUGGAGCUUUGGGGACUACUUCAAAAAGGAAGCAAUCUCAUACUCAUGGACCCUCCUUACUAAAGUUUAUGGCUUAGACCCCGACCGUCUCUAUGUCACCUACUUUGAGGGCAAUGAAGCUGGUGGCUUAGAGCCAGACCAUGAAGCCAAGGAGCUUUGGAAUGAGAUACACUACGACAGAAUUGGUGGCCGGAAUGCGGCCCACCUGGUCAACCAAGACGAUCCGAACGUGCUGGAGAUUUGGAACAACGUCUUCAUCCAGUUCAACCGAGAAGCGGAUCGAUCUCUUGCGCCGCUUCCCAAUAAACACGUUGAUACUGGCAUGGGGUUCGAGCGCCUCGUUUCCAUUCUUCAGGACAAGUCGUCAAAUUACGAUACGGAUGUCUUCACUCCGAUUUUCCUCGCUAUUCAAAAUGUCACUGGUGCUCGUGAAUACCGUGGGAAAUUUGGAGCCGAGGACUCUGAUGGCGUCGAUACUGCCUAUCGUGUCAUUGCGGACCAUGUUCGGACUCUGAUGUUUUCGAUCUCAGACGGUGUUAUCCCAAACAAUGAGGGUCGAGGAUAUGUGAUUCGCCGAGUCUUACGGCGAGGUGCCCGAUUUGCCCGCAAGUAUUUCAAAGUGGAGAUUGGAAACUUCUUCUCGAAGCUUGUUCCGACAGUCGUGGAUCAAUUGGGUGAUAUGUUCCCGGAGCUAAAGAAGAAGCAGCAGGACGUGAUAGAGAUCCUUGACGAGGAAGAGCUAUCUUUUGCCAAAACACUGGAUCGGGGAGAACGACAAUUCGAGCAAUAUGCCCAACAGGCAAAAGAAAAGGGAUCUGAUAAACUACAUGGCGCCGAUGUAUGGCGACUGUACGACACUUUUGGCUUCCCGGUGGAUCUCACUCAAAUCAUGGCCGAGGAGCGUGGGCUCCAGAUCGACAAUAUCGAAUUUGAAGAGGCGAGGCUGAAAGCCAAGGAGGCAAGCAAGGGUCAAAAGAAAGCCGCGGCUAAUACGGUCAAGCUUGAUGUCCAUGAUUUGGGGAAGUUGGACAAGAUGGAGAAUGUCAAGAAGACAGACGACUCGGCUAAGUUUGGGCGAGAGAACAUCACAGCCCGGAUUCAAGCCAUCUAUCAUGGGAAGAAUUUUCUCGACAACACGGAAUCAGUUCCCGAUGGUGAUCAAUUAGGUCUAAUCUUAGACUGCACGAACUUCUACGCCGAGCAGGGUGGCCAGGAAAGCGAUAUGGGAAAGAUUGUCAUUGACGGGCAGGCUGAGCUUGAGGUUGGAGACGUCCAAGUCUAUGCUGGAUAUGUCCUCCAUACAGGCUUCAUGAAAUAUGGCAACUUUGGAGUGGGGGAUUCCGUCAUUUGUGAAUACGAUGAACUGCGCCGCUGGCCUAUUCGAAACAAUCAUACAGGCACUCAUAUCCUGAAUUUUGCCUUGCGAGAGGUGCUGGGCGACGGUGUCGAACAACGUGGUUCUCUUGUGGCAGCGGAGAAGCUUCGUUUUGAUUUCUCCCACAAAGCUGCUAUCGCGGAUUCCGAUUUGGAAAAAAUCGAGCUGAAGGCCACAGAGUACAUUCGACAAAACUGUGCAGUGUAUUCUCAGGAGGUACCCUUGGCGACUGCUCAGCAAAUUUCGGGUGUGAGGGCAGUUUUCGGGGAGACUUACCCUGAUCCAGUGCGCGUUGUGUCGGUGGGCGUUGAGAUUGAGGAGAUUCUACGUGAUGUCAAAGAUCCCCGCUGGAAGGAAGUGAGUAUCGAAUUUUGCGGGGGUACCCAUGUACAGAAAACCAGUGACAUCAAGGACCUUGUCAUUCUGGAGGAGAAUGGCAUUGCGAAGGGAAUCCGCCGCAUCAUUGCUGUUACUGGAGAAGAUGCUCAUGAAGUCCAGCGAGUCGCUCAGGAAUUCGGCAAACGUCUUGAACACUUGGAUGCACUACCUCUUGGACCGGCAAAGGAACGAGAAGCCAAGCAGAUCCAGGUGGAUCUUAAUCAGUUGACUAUAUCUGCUGUUCAGAAAGCUCGGUUCCGAGAACGUUUCGCCUCCAUCAACAAGAAAGUCCUUGAUGGCCAAAAAGCCCAACAGAAGCUAGAGGCUAAGAAGGCGGUCGAGGCCAUCACCAGUUACUUUGAAGCACCCGACCAUCAGACAUCCUCUUGGUUGGUGGUCAAGCUUCCCAUGCCAGCGAGUGCGAAGGCAGUCAGUGAAUCUAUCAACCAUGUGAAGUCAAAGAUGCAAGACAAGAGUGUGUAUGUCUUGGCUGUCGACCCUGAAAAUAGCCGAGUUUCACAUGGCUGCUAUGUCUCCAAGACAUUGGGCGACCAGGGUGCCUCUGCCAGCGAUUGGGCGGCUGUUGUCUCUGGCGCUGUGGGCGGUAAGGCCGGAGGGAAAGGUCCAACUUCGCUUGGAAACGGUACCAAUACGGACAAGAUCGAUGAGGCUAUCUCCCUCGCUUCAGACUAUCUCAGCAAGUUCAAGCUUUAA